CGGAGUUCUUUACUGAGAGCAGAACAAGUUCAUGCAGUCCCGUUGCUGAGGUCACAGCAAACGUGGGAUAUCACAAUGUCAAAGUCAGAUCCCCCUCCAAGUUAUGAAGAGUCAAGAGAGCAGCAGCACGGAAACUAUCCAUACCCUCCCUACGGAUAUCCUGCCCAGCCAGGGGUGUACACGGGCCCGGGACAGCCUGGCAUACACCCCCAGGCAGGGCUUUGGCAGGGCCCUGGAUACUGCCCUUCAGCAAUGCCAUCUAUGAUGCCGUCCUUUAUAACACCAGGGAUAUUUUCCUCCAACCUAACAGAUGCAGAGGGCAUUUCAGCAACUGGCGUAUGGGACAGCAUGAGUGUUCGACAUGCCUUCAUUAGAAAGGUUUACCUUAUUUUAGCCGUCCAGCUGUUUAUCACUACUUCAAUCAUUGCGGUGUUUACCUUUGUUGAGCCUGUGCGUCUUUUUGUGAUCCAAAAUCCUGCCAUUUAUUGGGCAUCAUUCCCGGUGUAUCUUGUUACUUACCUUAUGCUGGUUUGCUGUGAGGGGCCGAGGAGACGUCAUCCAUGGAAUUUAAUACUCCUGUUCAUUUUUACCCUUACGUUAUCUUACAUGACAGGAACAAUAUCAAGUUAUUUUGACACCAAAGCAGUGUUCCUAGCCCUGGGGAUCACAGCAAUAGUGUGUAUAAUCGUCACAAUCUUCUGUUUUCAAACCAAGGUUGACUUCACCUCCUGUACAGGUCUGCUCUGUGCUCUUUGUGUGGUUCUUCUGGUGAUUGGCAUUAUCACAUCCAUUGUACUCUCAUUUCAAUAUGUGCCGUGGCUGCAUAUGCUGUAUGGUGCUUGUGGAGCAAUAGUCUUUACCUUGUUUUUGGCUUACCACACUCAGUUGCUCAUUGGAAACCGAGCGAACACCAUCAGCCCUGAGGAAUAUGUCUUCGGAGCUCUUUCCCUCUAUGUUGAUAUCGUCCAGAUCUUUAUCUUCCUCCUGCACAUCACAGGAAGCUCUUCAGAGUAAACCCCAAUCUUUCUUUGAGCUUAUCUUGACUUUUUCAAUCACAUGCAUCUCAAAUAUUACCUUCAACACUACUGUUAUAAAAAUUAUUUUGUGUUAUUUUCUGUGUUGUUCUACAUUGGUUGCUCGCACUUUUACCAAAUUGAUUGUCACUUUAUUUACAAUAAGCACUUUAGUUUUGUAACGUUCCACCGGUUUAUUUGCAUUUUGAAGAGUCUACUGUAAAAGCAUGAGGGUGUACUAAAACAGCUACACUGUGAUUCGAUGAUAUCAAUAUUUAGCCUAUAACCUAAAGGGAAAUAAAAUGAAGAGAAACAGUUAACAAAUUCAUGAGGAUUAUUGGCCAUAAUACAGGAAAUGUGUCUGUUUGAAGGGUGGCGCACUAGGUUAAGGUUACUUAACUGUAAUUAAGACUGUGGACCAUAUUAAGGGG